AUUAACGGAAUGGAUGGAACGGACAGAGUGGAUGGAAUGAAUCGGUUGGAUGGAACAGAUGGAGUGGAUGGACGGAAGUGGAUGGAUGGAAUGGAUGGAACGGACGGAGUGCAUGGAUUAACUAGAUCGAACGGACGGAAUGGAACGGACGGAGUGCAUGGAUUAAUUGGAUGGAAUGGAUGGAGUGGAUGGAUGGAUGGAUGGAAUCGGUUGGAUGGAACAGAUGGAAUGGAUGGAAUGAAUCAGUUGGAUGGAACAGAUGGAGUGGAUGGAUGGAAUGGAUGGAAUGGACGGAAUGGAGUGCAUGGAUUAAUUGGAUGGAACGGACGGAGUGGAUGGAUGGAUGGAAUGGAUGGAACGGACGGAGUGCAUGGAUUAAUUGGAUGGAACGGA